AAUAGAUAAUUCAUAAUUCAACCAAUGAUUUAUCUCAAACUAUAAGUAUUUCCAUCCUGUCUUUAUUAUCAAAAACGAUAGAAGUUAGUAUGAGCUAUACCUGUAUAUCGAUAACUACUCAUAAAUCUAUUACAGAAAUUCGUGACAUAUUUUGGAAGUUUCAUGACCAGUAGGAUCUCGUCAUGUUUUCCAACAUUGGCAUCUUCCUGCUUCCUGCAGUAUUCCUUAAAAUAGUGAGUCCUUACUCCAUACCAUCCUGCGACAGCCACAUAUACUGCCAAGGCGAACUCUUGGACACAGUACAAAGGGCUAAAAUUUUCCCAGAUUCUAAAACAUUCGUCGAUCAGCGAAUGCUCUACGAUGAAUCAGUGAUAUUCGAGAAUUUCCAGCAACUCAUGAACACAUCCGACAAUCGACCCAGCAGGGACCAAAUAAGAACAUUCGUACAAAGCAAUUUCGCCGAAGGCAACGAGCUCCAAAACUGGACUCUGCCAGACUACGACCCAAACCCCCCGUUCUUGCAGAAAGUCAACAACAGCACUUUGAGAUACUUGGCCACAGAAAUCGUCAAGAUAUGGCCUACGUUGGCUAGGAAAAUCAAAGCUGAUAUAAUCCAGGACAGUUCGAGGUACUCCAUAAUUCCUGUGCCAAACCCUUUUGUCGUACCAGGUGGCAGGUUCAAGGAAUCGUACUAUUGGGAUAGUUUCUGGAUUGUGGAAGGCCUCCUGAUCUCUGGCAUGACCCAGACGGCCCAAGGUAUGAUCGAGAACUUUCUUUAUAUAGUGGACAAAUAUGGAUUCAUACCGAACGGUCUCAGAGUUUACUAUCUCAAUAGAUCUCAUCCACCUCUACUGACGUCCAUGGUUACACUCCUGAUGAACUAUACCAACGAUUUGGAAUGGUUGCGACGAAACAUACAUCUCCUGGACAAAGAACUUGAAUUCUUCCUGAGUAACAGAACGUUUCAGGUGAGUUACAAAUGGAAAACUCACACGAUGUUUCACUAUGACAGUGAAAGUGGUUCUCCACGUCCAGAAUCAUAUAUUGAAGACGUCGAGACUUGCGCUACCCUAAAAGAGGCGACACACAUAGAAGAAUGUUACAAAGAGAUGAAAAGCACCGCUGAAAGCGGCUGGGACUUCACUUACCGAUGGGUUUUCGACGAUAAUGGCGGCAAUAACGCCAACAGAACUUACACGCAAUGUAGAAGGAUCAUACCUGUCGAUUUGAAUUCGAUGCUGGCCAAAGCGAUGAGAGAACUCAAAAAUCUCCAUUUGUUAUUAGGAGAUACCGAUAAGUAUUUCUACUGGCAACAGAAAUACGAUGAUCUGGAAGAAGCCAUAAAUGACGUUCUUUACCAUAAAGGAAUUUGGUUCGAUUACGACGUUAAAUUUAGAAUACACAGGAAGUACUUCUAUCCGUCCAAUUUGGCACCUCUUUGGGCUGAGAUCAACGGCCCAGUAUCGACCGAGGAACUGGGGAAAAACGCAUACUCUUACCUUAUAUCCUCCGGCAUAACCUCAUACCUCGGUGGUAUUCCCAACUCCCUGAACAACACGGGGGAGCAAUGGGAUUUUCCAAUGGCUUGGGCGCCUUCCCAAUCGAUUGUGAUUCAAGGACUCCGACGCAGCGGCCAGAAAGAUGCCCAACAACUGGCCAAAACAUUGGCCGGCAGAUGGCUCAUGUCCAAUCUGAUGGCGUAUAAAAGGACCGGUGAAAUGUACGAAAAAUACGAUGCUGUUCAUCCAGGACAAGCUGGCGGUGGUGGGGAGUAUUCUGUACAGACCGGAUUUGGUUGGACUAAUGGAGUUGCGUUAGAAUUUAUCGUCGACUUUUUUAGCUUGUAAUAUAUUGAUAAGUUUAGCCUAAGGAUGUAAAUAUAAUAUAAAUAUACCUACUCAUUUCGUUAGUU